UGGUUUGAAGCACUUAAACAUACUGUAUAUUUUUGUUUAAAAUAGUUAGUUAGGUUACUUAGUGUUCAAUCGCUUCUUUAUUAUGGAAGUUGUGUAUUUUGUUUUGUCAUUUUUCGCUAUAAGCGUGAACUCUGUAGCUAUCCGUGGACCUAUGUUGACAAGAUAUAACCCAUGCAGUCUGGGAGUCUUAUAUUUUGAUAAAUUAACUAAUACAUCGUGGCAGGGGACGAUUAAUUUCCGUUUAUAUCCCAAUAUAACUGAUGCUAAUAUUGAAAUCACCUUUGAUAAGCCUAUAAGGAUUUUUGGGGCCUCAAACAACAGUACAGUAUACGCAAGGAACAACUGGCACAAUUACUUAUUUAAGCCGCGGGGAGUGCUUCCACCUCAUUACUUUUUCUACAUAGCUGUUAUAGAUGAAGAUUCAGAUGUUCCAAAUGUAGUCUCAGUCAAAUUAAAUAACUAUACAUUGUGCAAUCCUGCUGUGAAGAAUGAACUAAACAUUCAGUCUUACAACGUGACACAACCAGACGACAAGAGUUAUCAUCAAGUUUGCGGGCGCCGAGCGCUCGACAAUGCCGAACUAAGUUCGAUAAAGACUGACGCGAAAGCUGGCGACUGGCCCUGGCACGUUGCUGUGCUGAUCAGGGAAAACAUUCCCAUAACCGCCAGAUACCAGUGCGGUGGAAAUAUAAUAUCGAGAACUGCUGUUCUUACCGCGGCGCAUUGUCUAUUCUAUAACUCAUUGCCCAUACAUAUCAGUCGUCUACUAAUUGAAGCAGGAGUGGACAAUUUAAAAUUAUUCAAUCAACCCGGGAGACAGUUACAUAACGCCGUUGAUGUAAUAGUGAAUCCUGCUUAUAAGUCGGAGGAGUCAACUGCGGAUUUGGCCAUUAUUCGAGUGAAUGCAUUCAGAUAUACUGAUUAUGUGCAACCGAUAUGUCUUUGGGGCCCUUCGUAUGACAAAAGCAGUUUGUAUGGAGAAAUGGCUGUGGUGGUGGGCUUCGGGACAACUGAGGAGAAUCAAUUAUCAGACACGCUAAGGUCAACGUACACAAUGGUGCAGAAUGACACGACAUGCAUUUCGUAUUCACCCCAGUUAUACACAAGUUUGUUGAACGAGUUCACAUUCUGCGCUGGACUCGACCCAGAUGCCGGUACAAGUCCUCUUCAAGGUGAUAGCGGUGGAGGCUUAACUUUCGCCAUAGUCCAACCAGACCACAAAGUGAGUUGGUUCCUACGAGGCGUCCUCUCAAAAUGUGGGAUUUCCAAUGGUCAAACACUGUGCAAUCCAAAGUAUUAUGUCAUCUACACUGAUGUAGCACCGCACUAUGGAUGGAUCUAUCACAAUGCAGGGUUAAAUUAUGUUAGCAAUAUGGUUUAUUGAUUUCCUAAUAGUAGAUUAUACUAGAAGAUUGAAUUAUGUAAAAUAAUGUAAAUAAAAACGAUAUAAGCUCCAUACUAGAGUGAGAGUAUAACUUAUAAAUGUAUUAGUUUAACGUAGAAGUUGUGUUGUCGUAGAAUAUAACAAAUCUUUAGAUAUAUUUCUUCUCUGUACAAUAGAUGACUUAGAUAUUUGUAAAUAUUAUAGUAACGUUGUUAAGACUUAUGGAGAUGAUAUUUGAACACAAAUUAAGCUUAGUUUUAAUGAAGUAUGAUUGUGUUUUUAUUUUUAAUACAGACAAUUAUA